AUGUCUAUUCGGUCGGAUAAUUCAAAGCGUCGCUCAAGGGUCCUCCCGAGGUCAAAGCUAGGAUGCAGAACUUGCAAAAUUCGACGAGUCAAAUGCGGGGAAGAAAAGCCUAGCUGUGUCCGAUGUACCAGUACAGGUCGCAAAUGUGACUUCGAAGACACACAGUCCUCUUCCACAAUCUCGGUCGUCACAAAUCCCUUAUCAUUAUCACCAAACACCAACACGGUGUGGCGAGAGCGACGUGCAUUUGCCUACUAUUUCGAAUGUGCUGCCUCCUCCAUUGGUGGUGGAUUGGAUGUUGAUUUCUGGCGCACUGUCGUCCCGCAGGUUUGCCGUUAUGAACCAGCUGUGUGGGAUGCAAUCAUCACCAUUAGUGCGCUAUUUGAGCGUCCCCAACAAUGCCAGGAUCCUGUGCUACAACGCCAUGAUAAUCCUGUUUCUCUCACUAAAAACCAUCAAGACGCUUUGGGCUGGUACUCCCGUUCGGUAUCUGCUGUUCGCCAGCACAUCGAGCAGGGUAGCGUAGAUGCCUUUGUUGGACUGAUCAGUUGUGUGCUUUUCAUCUGCAUUGAGGCCAUCCAGGGAAAUGCAGAAGGGGCAAUGCAGCUUUAUCGUCAAGGUGUGCAGCUGAUUAUCGCUUUGCGUCCCCAAAUAACAUCUGUGGCUGCGGGUAAAGCUUCAUUGUUGGAGGAUACUAUUGUCCCAAUCUUCAUCCGCCUGGGGACAUUCGCCCUCGCCGUUGGUCAGACUCCUGUGACUGCUUUACUGCGAGACACUGAACAUGCCUUGACGCAACAGUUUGACUCGCUCAAGUCUGCUCGGGAGGCGAUUGUGCUCUUAGCCAUAGAGAUCCCGCUCUUUGAAGCCGCUUGCACCAAGCACUUACUCCAGGAUCAUGCCCCCCACAUACCCGAGGAAUUCAAUACUAGACUGAUUAGUCUAGUGGUCAAACUGAGGAACUGGCGUACUGCCUUUGAUAUGUUGAUGGCAGUCCUUUGCACCAAAGACAUUUUAUCGCUGCAACAGAUUGGUAUCAGUGCCCUUCUGUUGAGCUUUCAUGAAAUGUUGUAUGUCAUGCUCGAGACCUGCACAUCAUUGUCAGUAAUGCAAUUCGACGCUUAUCUACCAAACUUCCAAAACAUUGUUGAACAAUCUGCUAUUGCACCUAAAGCCUCGGUGCGAUCUGACGGCACCCAACCACCAUUCACGUUUGACCUCAAUAUUGGUCUUCCGCUUUGGUUCACUAGUCUUCGCUGCCGUGAACCGCGUACCCGACGCGCGGCACUGGCUCUACUCCGUCAAGCACCCUCGGUGCAAGGGUUUUUCCAGUGCUCAAUGUGGGCAACCGUGGGCCAAAUUAUCAUGGAGCUAGAAGAAUCACGUGCAAUGGCAAUAAACGCAGCUCAUCAUAUCCCCAAAUUUGGGAUACUACAUUCAACAGAGGGAUUAAUUCCUAGCUCAGAGCUUGCCACAAGGUCGUAUUCUGUCCCUGCGGAUGUGGGACCGACAAUACCAACAGCACUCUUUAUCCCAGAGGAGGUGCGCAUUGGACCCAUUACAGCUUUUCGGCCAAUGGAUGGUUUUCCCCCUGGAACCACAGAGUCAGAUAUCGCGAAGUGGAACCGGGGCCCGGAUCAAGUCUUUAUGCGGUAUUCCCGGAACGAGCGCGGUCUGACUGGCGAUCCUUGUCAGAUUGUGUACGAAUAUGUCCCUGUUGACAUUUAA